UCACAGGCCCCAAUGCUGAGAGAUUUGGACAAUAUGUGGGGCAAGUGAGCCGCCAAUUCAUGGACUACUCACUUUAUAAGAACUGGGGCCCGGAUCAUGAGCGUCCGUUUGAUAAGUUCUUUCUCCAAGCCCAGAAAGAUUAUGAGUUUCUACCUUAUUGUCCUCCCAAUCUUCCUGCUAUACAUCAAGGCGUGAAGAUAAAGAUGCAGGAGAGAGUCCGAGGUAAUCGGAAUCAGGUGAAAGCGUGUUAUGAACUAUGGCUGAAGGCUCCCCAAGAUCAUCUCUUUUCAAGGGAGAGGUGUUCUCAGGGAACAAGAAAAAAUGGUGGGACGACUUCUGCAAGUUUUUUUUUCUUCUAAUAAGAAGCAGGCGGAGGCAAAAAGAAAUAAAGAUAAUCAGGAGUCAAAGAAGCGAGGUCGAGCAACCUAUACGGGUGGCUCGAGGAGCAUGGUUCGGGCAAAAGAGAGAAUGAGAGCUUGGAUCGAAGAAUCAGGUGGCGGCUCAAGUGCAUUAAAGGAGUAUUUGGGUACCCACACGACGUUAAUCGAUCCAGCAGCUGAUAUAUAUUCAUGUACAUAUCCCGACACCCAAACUCAGGAGUAUUGUGCUCAGGUGAUAGAAAGGACCAAAUCAUUAGGGGUCGACCGAGAACCCAAAUCUACUGCAAUGACCACAGUCUUAGAUGAUGUACAUGGAGGGCAUCAUGGUGGUUAUGAGAGGUUUGGGUCACGGUGUCACCAGAUUAGGCAAACAUCAUAGAUAAAAGGGAAAAUGAAGGGCAUCUAUGAGGUUUGGCUCAUGUAAUCACUGCUAAUUUGUUCGAAUUCGAUCCAGCAUUCACAGGUGAUAAUGGAUAACAGCGAAGAGGACGAUGAUGAAGAAAACAAUGUACAAAAAACUCAGAAGCUUACUUAGGAUUGGGUGGUAUUGGAAAAUCAGGAGAGGUUUUGAUGGUGAUUUUUUUUUUCAUGAUUAUUAUUAGCACUUGUGACGUGGGGUAUCAAUUUAAACCAUAUAACCCACUAGCCUAUUCUUUACUGUAGCACUGUUUGUGAGACUCCAAUUCAGUGGCCGAAGAGGUUUGAUGUUGUUUUAAGAAAAUACAUUGUAUAGGACUUCAACUUGGUUGCUGAAGGGGUUUGGGGUUCGGUUCUCAUAUUUGUAAUUAGCGGCUUAAGAAAAUAUAUUGGAAUAGUUCUUGGGGAAAUUACAUUAGGUCAAAAUUUUU